GACGAACCGUGACGUUGAAUACUGGUCUGACAAAGCUCCACCGUUUGCUUUCCUAUUCCGAAGCUGUAGCAACCCACAGUCAAUCGACCGCAAAACAGCACCGAUCGAAGCUCCCUUGCCUCGAGCUGAAUACCCAUCGAACCGACGCGCCCACACCCGAACUCAAUCAUGUCUGGAGGAAGAAAUCCCAUGGAGGAGGCCUACGAGCGCUUCAGGGCCGUCGCUCAGCAGCAGCAGAAGCGCGGCGGCUUUGGCGGCGGCGGCAUGCCCGGUGGUCCUCGCGGCGCUGGCAUGGGACUUGCCGGUCUGGUUCUGUUGGGAGGUGCUGCCUUCGUGGCCCAGAAUGCGCUAUUCAACGUCGACGGUGGUCACAGAGCGAUCAAGUACCGGAGGACAACGGGUGUGAGCAAGGAGAUCUACAGCGAAGGAACCCACUUGAUCAUUCCCUGGUUCGAGACUCCCGUCACCUACGAUGUUCGCGCGAAGCCCAGAAACGUCGCCUCUCUCACCGGAACCAAGGACUUACAGAUGGUCAACAUCACCUGCCGUGUUCUUUCCAGGCCUGAUGUCAAGGCCCUGCCUCAGAUCUACCGCACUCUCGGCACAGACUACGACGAGAGAGUGCUUCCCUCCAUUGUCAAUGAGGUUCUGAAGAGUGUUGUUGCUCAGUUCAACGCUUCCCAACUGAUUACCCAGAGAGAGAUGGUUGCCAAGUUAGUUCGCGAGAACCUCUCCCGCCGUGCCGCACGGUUCAACAUCCUGCUGGACGAUGUGUCCCUGACGCACCUUGCCUUUUCCCCAGAAUUCACAGCUGCCGUUGAAGCGAAGCAGGUUGCCCAGCAAGAAGCUCAGCGCGCGGCAUUCGUUGUUGACAAGGCUCGCCAGGAGAAGCAGGCCAUGGUCGUCAAGGCCCAGGGUGAGGCUCGCUCUGCUGAGCUGAUUGGAGAUGCCAUCAAGAAGAGCAAGGCCUACGUCGAGCUGAAGAAGAUUGAGAACGCGCGCGCUAUUGCUCAACAGAUGCAGGAGUCCGGCAGCAAGAACCGUUUGUUGCUUGACUCUGAGGGCCUGGGCCUGAACGUGUUUGAUGAUAGCGAGAAGAAAUGAGGCGUCGGCAUUUGGGCGCGAAUUCUCCACACUGUACUCUUACAACAUCGAAAACUGGCAUGGACUUGUAUAAUAAUG